GAUGCUGCCACCACCAUGUUUGACAGUGGGGACGGUGCAUUCAGGCAGGAGGAAGUGGGGAGUGAGAAUCGAAGGAACACCAGAACCAAGCUCACUCCAAAGAAAGCAGAGAGCUCUUCCUCAGGUUGUCGGUUUGACUCCCAGAGCAGCAGGAAGGACGGCACGCUGCAGAAGAUCGGAGACUUCCUGCAGAGCUCCCCGACUCUGCUGGGCUCCAAAGCCAAGAAGAUGAUGAGCCUGGUCAGCGGCCGUCUGGACCCAGACUCAGCAGCCGUCUCUUCCUCCCUCAGCCUGAGGGCCAAGAGGGGCAGAAAGAAACUCUACAGACCUGAAAUCUCCUGCCCCAUGGACAUGCCCCCCCACCCGAUGAUCAACCAGGAGACGGACGGCGAGGGCCAGAGCGACCAUGACAUCAUCAAACGGCGCCUGCGCAGCAGAGUGGCUAAGUCCUGGCGCUGCCCUCCAGGACUUUUAGCACCAGAGUUGCCUUCCAUGCUGGUCGUAACUUUAGCUAAGGUAAGAAUCAAAAACACGGGAUUCGUUAAAUUGUAUGCCAUGUUGUGUGCGUAGGUGUUUCUGCCUGUU